UUACCUCUCCUAAUGUUCGUUACACCGAUACCCAUAUUAUCGCUGAUUAUGCGUACAACAAUGUUACGGUCAUCAAAAAUGAAAUCGAUGGUAUUCUCGAGGUUUUGCCCACCGAAACAAAGUACCAAUUUAAAACAGAAUUGAAUAUUCCAAAAGUCGGGUUGAUGAUGGUUGGCUGGGGUGGUAACAACGGUUCUACCCUAACUGCCAGUAUCAUGGCCAAUCGUGAGAACAUCACAUGGCGCACUAAGGAUGGUGUCAAGACUCCCAACUACUUCGGAUCUGUCGUUCAGGCUUCUACCCUUAAACUCGGUGUCGACCCCAAAGGAAAUGACUUUUACAUUCCUUUCAAUCAGAUCCUGCCCAUGGUUCAUCCCAAUGAUUUGGUUCUUGGAG